CAGUCUUGAAUUUGUCCCGCGGAUGCAUGUAGAGGAGAAGGUCUCUCGUUUGCAAGCAGUGCAGAAGUGUAGAGGACGGGAGGAGGUGCGCGCAGCGAGCAGAGAGUCCACAGAAGUGAACGUGGGGUGAAAAACAGAUUUUUUUCGGACAAGGAGACGAAAGUACGAGCUGUGAGUGUGAGCCAACACGACAGCAGCGAAGACUCGACCUUAAGUCAGUGUUCACGGUGCCCCUAGAAAGCUAAUCGGACGAGGUCGCGUGUGGGGUACACACCGUCUGCUCGUUAUUUCAGCAGGACGGCUCUGUACGUGGAUUCUCACUUCUCUCCACAUGAUGGACCAGCAGUGAUCCGGAAAAGAGGACGAGCCGCUCUGGACGUCAACAAGUCCACCGUGCAGUGAGAGAAUGGGUUGUUUUUACAUUGUGGAGGGGAGGGCUUUGCUGUAACACCGGCGGAUCAUGGCAGGGGUACACGCUUCAGAUGCUGUGUCGGGACAUUUUCUGGAUCCUGCCAUCAGCGCCCAGCCGGCCCAGGGCGCGACCAGUGUACCGGGAAUCACGGGCGAUGCGGCCGCGCUGACGCCGACCGGUACCCGGGCGUACUUGGAGGUGUCAGCCGCUGCCCAGGGCUACGGGGCCGAGGGAGUGUACACCAAUGGACGGUACAAGGAGCAAGGCAGUCCAAGGAUCGGGAGUGGCAGCCGUGAUAAUUCAGCGGAGAGAAUUCAGGGAGCUGGAAACCCACCUUGCGGCAUCAUGAAGGAUGGGUCCAAACAGAAGCAGGUGAGGAAGAAAACAGUGUCCUUCAGCUCAAUGCCAAGUGACCGCAAGAUCAACAGCACAGCUGCUUGCAUGGCCUUCAUGAUGGAGGGAUGUGAGAUGAAGAAGGUGCGCUCCAACUCCCGCAUGUACAACCGCUACUUCCUGCUGGAUCCAGACAUGCGCUGGCUUCGCUGGGAGCCAUCCAAAAAAGAUUCUGAGAAAGCAAAACUAGAGAUCAAGGGCAUCAAGGAGGUUCGUUUGGGAAAGAAAACUCCAGUUUUGCGUAGCAAUGGUCUCUCAGAUCAGUUCCCUGAUGAAUGUGCCUUCUCAAUCAUCUAUGGGGAUAACUAUGAGUCCUUAGAUUUGGUAGCCAGCACAGCUGAUGUUGUCAGCACCUGGGUAAUGGGCUUGAGAUAUCUGGUGUCUUAUGGAAGGCACACCGUCAACAUGGUGGAACCUAGCCAACCAAGCCUACGAACAUCAUGGAUUGGCUCUGUGUUUGAGCUAGCAGAUAUGGAAAAGGAGGGACACAUCGACCUGUUCAGGGCCACCCAGAUAAUCAAGGGACUUAAUCCUGGAAUGAAAGAGUCCAGGAUAGAGCUGAAGUUCAAGGAGCUCCAGAAGGCUAAAGACCAAUAUGGAGAGGCAAUUAAUUUGGACACCUUUGUAGAAGCCUACUGUGAGCUCUGCACAAGACCAGAAAUCUUUUUCCUAAUGGUGCAGUUUUCUAGUAACAAGGAGUACCUGGACAGUAAAGAUCUGAUGCUGUUUGUCGAGGUGGAGCAGGGUGUGGAAGGUGUGACAGAGGACAUGUGCAGGGAUAUUGUUCAGAAAUUUGAGCCAUCAGCCGAAGGCAGGGACAGAGGCUACCUCUCUAUUGAUGGCUUCACUCACUACCUCCUCUCCUCUGAAUGCCAUAUCUUUGACCCACAGCAUAAACGUGUGUGCCAGGAUAUGAAUCAGCCUCUGUCCCACUACUACAUUAACUCUUCACAUAACGCCUCCCUUCUGGAGGAUCAUUUCUGGGGCUCAUCAGACAUCAGCAGCUACAUCAGGGCUUUAAGGAUGGGAUGUCGCAGCAUCGAGGUCAUUGUAUGGGAUGGCCCUGAUAAUGAGCCAGUGGUGUAUGUAGGUAGUUCGGUAGCCUCACAUCUAGCUUUCUCCAAAGUUCUGGACAUAAUAAACCAAUAUGCUUUUGAGAGCUCUGAGUAUCCCCUGAUUCUGUGCUUAGUGACCCACUGUUGCAUCCCCCAGCAGAGGGUCAUGGCGCAGCACAUGAAGAAGAUUCUAGGGGACAAGUUGCACGUUGAACCCCCCAACAAAGAGGACAGCUACCUACCUUCUCCUGAGAAACUCAAGGGUAAAAUCCUCCUCAAGGGUAAGAGGCUACCGCCCAGCUGUACAGAUGCUGAGGGGGAUGUGACAGAUGAGGAGGAGGGUCUGGAAAUGUCCAGAAGAGUGGGUGCUGAUGAUAAGGACCACUUAAACGGCUUGGGCUACAAGAGACUAAGACUAUGCAGGGAACUCUCUGAUCUUGUAUCUCUGUGCAAGUCAGUCCAGUUCAGAGACUUUGAGCUCUCAAAGAGGGAACAAAAGUUCUGGGAGAUUUGCUCAUUCAAUGAGGUAGACGCAAACAGGUUUGCCAACGAGUUUCCCGAGGAGUUUGUCUGUUACAACAAGCGCUUUCUCUCCAGGGUAUAUCCCACACCUAUGAGGAUUGAUGCCAGCAACAUGAACCCCCAAGAUUUCUGGAAGUGCGGCUGCCAGAUUGUGGCCAUGAACUAUCAGACACCGGGCUUGAUGAUGGAUCUCAAUCUUGGCUGGUUCAGGCAGAAUGGCAACUGCGGAUAUGUUUUACGGCCAGCCAUCAUGAGGGAGGAGGUGUCCUACUUCAGUGCUAAUGCUCGGGACUCUCUACCAGGGGUGUCGGCCCAGCUACUUCACAUCAAGGUCAUCAGUGGGCAGAAUCUACCCAAACCUCGGGGUUCUGCUGCUAAGGGUGAUGUUGUGGAGCCCUACAUAUAUGUGGAAAUCCACGGCAUCCCGGCUGACUGUGCGGAGCAGAGAACCAAGACUGUGUCCCAGAAUGGGGACAACCCUAUUUUUGAUGAGAGUUUUGAAUUCCAGAUCAAUUUACCAGAACUUGCUGUUCUGCGCUUCGUGGUAUUGGAUGAUGACUACAUUGGAGACGAGUUCAUUGGCCAGUACACCAUUCCAUUUGAGUGCCUACAGCCAGGUUACCGACAUGUCCCCCUACAAUCUCUGACAGGGGAGUUUCUACCAAACACCACCCUGUUUGUCCAUGUAGCCAUCACCAACAGGCGGGGUGGAGGAAAGGCACAUAAGAGGGGCCUCUCUGUAAGGAAGGGUAGGAAGGCCCGGGAGUACACCACAACCAAGACUACAGGAAUCAAGGUAGUGGACGAGCUCUUUAGAGCAUCCACGCAGCCCCUCAGGGAGGCCACGGAUCUCAGAGAAAAUGUACAGAAUGCCAUGGUGUCCUUCAAGGAGCUGUGCGGCUUGACUCCAGCAGCCAACAUGAAGCAGUGCAUCCUGACUGUGUCGACGUGGCUGAUGAACAGCGAGCGGUCUCUAAGAGUGACGGUGGACUUGAGUGAGACUUACCCCUCCAUGGAAGCUCAGGGUCCUGUGCCUGAGCUGCUGCGCAAAGUGCUAAACGCCUAUGACAUGAUGAUCCAGACCACCAGAACCCUGAUUGAGUCAGCUGAUGUCGUCUACUCCAAGCUCACACAAGCACAACGAGCAGGUCUGGACUUCCAUGAGGAUCUGCAUCGCAUUGGAGCAAAGGAGGGUCUCAAAGGCCGCAAACUUCAGAAGUCCAUGGAGAGCUACGCUUGGAACAUCACCGUCCUUAAGGGCCAGGCGGAUCUGCUGAAGCAUGCUAAAAGCGAGGCUCUGGACACUCUGCGUCAGAUCCACUGUGCAGCUCAGUCCUGUGGCCUCAGUAAGAACGGAGCAGCUUCCCCCCAGCUCCAGCACCACUCUCAUCACCAGCCACAGCAGGCCCAGAGUCAGCAACAGCCUCAGGCCAAGGUCCAUCCACAGCCCCCGCCGCAGCAUCAGCCACAAUCCCAACCCCAAACCGUACCUCAGGCUCAUCUCCAUCCCCUUCCUCCCCAGCAGCAGCACCCGCAGCUACCAGCUCUCCCUCUGCUUCAAACUGUUUCCAAACCACCUGCCUAUCCUCAGCCCCCUCCCAUACCACAGCUGCAGUAUCAGUUCCAGAGCCAACAGCACCAGCAGAGGGCAGAGGGACCUCUGGGCACCAUCCCUGAGAAGGAGAUGGUCACUGAUGAUCCUGUGGCAUCCUGCUGACCCGCAGCCUGUGCCCACAGAGAAUCCUACCCAAAAAGAGACAGGGAGAGCCAGGUAGGGAGUGAGAAGAAGAGUGUGGAAGAAAAGCAGGAGGCAGGUUACAGAGGGCAGAUGGAAGAGAUGGCAGAGAGAGUCAAAGAGAUGAUGAUGGUGAGGAAGACCAGGCGUGUUAGGAGUGAGACACGAGUCUGAGAGGGAGGUUUGAAGACAGAGAGACAUCACACUUCAGUCACACUUUAAAACUGAAAAGAUGUGAUGUAAUCCUCAAUCUCUUCAGGGAAGUGUGCAUCUCUCUGCUUUCUCUCUUUUGAAAGGUAACAUCUGGAAAAAACUCUGGUGGUGUGAUCAGUCAUUUAGACAUCCCUGUCUCUCUCUGGGCGGUGCUAAUAACAGUACAUGCCCUCUCAUGAUGUACUCUAGCUCUGUGGGUACAGGCUUUACCUCACGUUUGGCAUUUUUUUGCCACACAUAUGCCUUUUCAUUUCCAGAGACUCCUCAGCAUGUCUUUGAGCUUUUAUUUUUUUAUGCUCACCCUCCUUCCCUUCCACUUUAGACAUACGGCUAAGUGCAGACUCACUCAUUUCAAAGAGGAGGAUGUCAUUUCAUUUCAAGCGCACUGAGAACAGGCUGUAGAAGUCACUGAUGACCAUUUCAGCACAAAACCAGGGAGCUGUGGAGUUUCAACUGAAAAACAUACUGCAGCUGUUGAUGCUCUUCUUGCAUCCAUCGAACCCUUGUACAUUUCCAGAAUCAUUCCUUACUCCUUUAAGUUUUUUUGGAAUCACUUUACUACCCCCACAGGGUCUUCUUGUCUCCUCCCCAGGGGCUGUGCGUGUGUGAUGUUAUGUGAGUUGUUGUUUUGGUCCCCAGGGCGGAGCUUGCCUGCGUCCGAAAGUGGCGGAGCUCACCAGCCAAUCACAAGUGGAAUAUUGACCCUGCCUGUCAGUGGUCAAGCAUCAACAGGGACACGUUACUGCUGUCAAUAAAUCACAAAUUAGAGUGAAUAUAGAUGUAAAGUGUAUGUAAAAUGUAUGAAAAGAACAUAUAUUGCUAUAAUAAUAACUCUUGCAGACACGGACAUUAAUGAUUGAUAUUAUGAUGAUUGUUGUUAGUUCUGUUGAUAUUCUUUUUUUAACAUUUCUUCCACAUAUUCAGUGAUUGGACACCUGCUGUGCGGUGGUGCAGAUCAGGAUAACCAGUGCAUGUGGGGCUGGAAACGAAGGAUUACGGGUUAGCACCACAGCACCAGGGUCAAACAAUAACCUGGGAUGUGUUUCACUGCAGAGUGAGUGUGGAUUCUGUAAGAGCUUCUUUAAGUGGCCCAUUAAAACUGGCUUCAUUGUU